AUGUCUUCAGCACAACUCACUUUUGGCACUGUUCUCCUGGCGGCAGGGACAAGUACACGAGCAGGAAAUAACCUCGGGUCCAAGGUUUACAGAGAAAUCGCGGGAGAGACAGUUCUAUCCCGCGUUGUCCGAGCUUUCCGGACAUGGGAUUCCAAACAUCCCAUUGUAAUCGUGCGACACAAAGAUGACGCGGCAUCCCUUGCGCAAGCCCUUCUGGGGGAUGAUCCACAUAUCUAUGAGACAGUCGGAGGAGACACGCGACAGUUGUCCACCCUGGAGGGAUUGAACUUUCUGGCUUCACUCGAACAUCCCCCAUCACAUGUUCUGGUUCAUGAUGCUGCUAGACCCUUUAUCUCGUGUUCUUUAUUAGAGAAAAUUCGAGAUGCACUGAGCAAGGAGCCGUAUAUCGGUGCUAUUCUUGCGAUCCCAGUGUCCGACACACUGAAGUCUGUUGACGGGCAAGGACAGAUUACAAGUACGGUACCACGCGAGGGUCUUUAUCGCGCACAGACGCCGCAGGCGUUUGCUCUGCGUGAGGCGCUCAGAAUUCACAAACAGUUCGCUAGCUUUGGAAAGGCCGAAUACACAGAUAAUGCCUGCCUCUUCGAACAGGCCGGUCUACCCGUUCAUAUUUUACUAGGCGAGGAGACAAACAUGAAACUCACCUACCCGUCCGACUUUGAGCAAGCAGAACGCAUCCUUCUAGCAAGAUCCCAACCACCGGCAUUAUCUAUUCCCGACGUCCGCGUAGGACACGGUUAUGACACUCACCAACUCAUCUCAGCCACAGAGAUUACCCUCUGCGGAGUCCAGCUCCCUCACACCUCCGGGCUACUUGGUCACUCGGACGCCGAUGUAGGCCUGCACGCUCUAGCCAAUGCGCUGUUGGGUACUAUCGGGGCCGAUGACAUUGGUAGCCACUUUUCGCCCUCGGAUCCACGCUGGAAAGGCGCUUCGUCGGUUCAAUUCGUUCGACAUGCUAGGAGACUUGUGGUUGAGGCUGGUGGGGUUAUUACCCAUGCGGACAUGACAUUGAUUUGCGAGAAGCCUGAAAUCGGACCACAUCGCGACGCGUUGAAGAUGUCAGUGGCUCGUAUGCUGUCUUUAGAUAAGUCACGAGUGUCUAUCAAGGCUGGGACGAAUGAGAAAAUCGGCUUUGUGGGAAGGGAAGAAGGAAUUGUCGGAUUUGCUACGGUGACAGCCGUGUUUCCCGAAAGCAUUGCCUUGAGUCCUAGAGUAGAAUAUGAUGACAGGGACCAUGAUAGGGACGAGAAUCUGACCAAUAGUGUCUAA